CCACCCAGUGCCCCCUCUGAUUGGACUGAGUAGUUUGUCUUGACACACCACUGUGCUGAGUGCUGGAAGACGUGUUUCAACAGAUGGUUGGGGUUAGUGUGUGUCAUCACAUCGGAGAAAGGAUUAGAGGAGGAAGGUUGUCUUCCAGGAGCAGUGUGGUCCUCACAAACACCAGGUUGACUUCAUGAGCACAGGAGAGAACAACACGCAGAGAUAGAUCAACUUUAUGAACAAGACUGACACCCUGCUAUUCAGACCGGCUACCUUUCACAGUUCCAGUCUUCUGAGUGUUUGUGUGCCCCUGUUUGCCAUCCCAUCAUGCAGCUGGUGAGCCUGGCCUGGGUGAUGUCCCUGGCCGCCCCACUGGUCUGCUAUGGCUUUACCACACGCGGUCAGGCCCUGCGUGGCAGGGUUCAAGGCGACCGACGAAACAUCAGACCCAACAUCAUACUCAUUAUGACAGAUGACCAGGACGUGGAGCUGGGUUCGUUGCAGGUGAUGAACAAAACCCGUAAAAUUAUGGAGGACGGGGGUACGUCGUUCACAAAUGCCUUCGUGACCACGCCCAUGUGCUGUCCGUCACGCUCCUCUAUGCUGACUGGAAAGUACGUUCACAACCACAACACGUACACCAACAACGAAAACUGUUCCUCGCCUUCCUGGCAAGCUCAGCAUGAGCCACGGUCCUUUGCGGUUUAUCUUAACAACACUGGAUAUAGAACUGCUUUCUUUGGGAAGUACCUCAAUGAGUACAACGGCAGUUACAUCCCACCUGGGUGGCGCGAAUGGGUGGGUCUGAUCAAAAAUUCCCGUUUCUAUAAUUAUACCGUCUGUCGAAAUGGAAACAAGGAGAAGCACGGAGCGGAUUAUGCCAAGGACUACUUCACUGAUUUGAUCACCAACGACAGCAUCAACUAUUUCCGAAUGUCCAAGCGCUUGUACCCGCAUCGACCGGUGAUGAUGGUGAUCAGCCACGCAGCACCGCAUGGUCCGGAAGAUUCAGCUCCGCAGUUUUCCGAACUCUUCCCAAAUGCUUCCCAGCACAUAACACCCAGCUAUAACUACGCACCAAACAUGGACAAGCACUGGAUCAUGCAGUACACGGGCCCGAUGAAGCCAAUUCACAUGGAGUUCACCAACUUUUUGCACAGGAAGAGGCUCCAGACAUUGAUGUCUGUAGAUGACUCUGUGGAAAAGAUAUAUAAUACUCUAGUGGAGACUGGAGAACUCGACAAUACCUAUAUCAUUUACACAGCCGACCAUGGUUACCACAUAGGACAGUUUGGUCUGGUAAAGGGGAAGUCCAUGCCAUAUGAUUUUGACAUCAGAGUACCUUUCUUUGUUAGAGGUCCUAAUGUGGAAUCAGGGGCCAGGAACAAACAUCUUGUGCUGAACAUAGAUCUUGCACCCACAAUCCUGGAUAUUGCAGGCCUGGACACUCCAUCAGAUAUGGAUGGAAAAUCUAUCAUGAAACUUCUGGAGCAGGAAAAGACUGGAAACAGAUUCAAACCCAACCGGAAACCUAAGGUCUGGAGGGACACAUUCCUCGUGGAGCGGGGCAAAAUCCUGCGCAAGAAAGAAGACACCGUAAGCAGCGUGAACACCCCACAUAAUAACAAUCUGCCCAAGUACAAGAAGGUGAAGGAGGUGUGUCAGCAAGCAGAGUUUCAGACGCCCUGCGAACAGCCGGGACAGAAAUGGCACUGCGUUGAGGAAGUCAGUGGGAAGUGGCGCUUGCAGAAGUGUAAGGGGUCGCUAAAGGAGGGGUCCAAAAAGAGGGCGAGAAGUGUUCGCCCACGACGCUAUGACAACAGGGAGAGAGACUGCCGCUGUGGAGACCGAUCUUACAAAACGGCCAAGGCGGAGCGACGGGCACACAGACAGUUCGGCCAGAGCGGUGGUCCACGCUACAGACCUCGCUUUGUGCACACACGACCUGCCAGGUCUCUGUCAGUGGAGUUUGAGGGCGAGAUCUAUGACGUGGACCUGCAAGCUGACGAUAAAACCCCCCUUGAGCCUCGACCAAUCAGCAAACGGCACUUCGAGCCAGAGGGUGACUUGGAUUCAGACUUGGGGCUUGAGUCUAAUGAUGGCUCAGAGGAGAUGCAGUCAGAUGACACAAAUGCUGUGGGAUACCCCAGUUCUCUUAAAGUCACACAUAAGUGUUUCAUAUUAACAAACGACACUGUACGCUGUGAAAGAGAGAUUUACCAAUCCUCCAGAGCUUGGAAAGACCACAAGAACUUUGUGGACCAGGAGAUUGAACUUCUUCAGGAUAAAAUGAAGAAACUGCGGGAGGUCAGAGGUCAUCUGAAAAGGAGGAAACCAGAUGAGUGCGACUGCGGAAAGAAGAGCUAUUAUAACAAAGUGAGAGAGCAGAAAAACAAUCCCGAGCGAUUGAAGAAUAAGAAUGACCACCUCCAUCCCUUUAAAGAGACCAUGCAGGAAGUCGACAACAAGGCUCAACUCUACAAUGAGAUCCGCCGUCGGAAGAAAGAGAGGAAGGUGAGGAAGAGGCAGAAGAAAGGCGAUGACUGCAGUCUUCCUGGCCUCACCUGCUUCACGCAUAAUAAUGACCACUGGCAGACCGCCCCCUUCUGGAACUUGGGCGGCUUCUGUGCCUGCACAAGCUCCAACAACAACACUUACUGGUGCCUGCGAACCAUCAAUGACACUCACAACACGCUCUUCUGUGAAUUUGCCACUGGAUUCCUGGAGUACUUCGACCUCAACAAUGAUCCUUACCAGUUAACAAAUGCUGUGUAUACUGUGGAGAGAGAUGUCCUGAGUCAACUGCAUCAACAGCUAAUGGAAAUGAGAAGCUGUCAGGGUCACAAGCAGUGUAACCCCAAACCUAAGAGUCAAGAUACAGAACACAACCAACCUGGGAUGAACGCAAAGCUUAAGCUGACCAAUUUCACGGAGGAUGUCGACUGGCAAGGACUAGAAGAUUUGUACAGCGUACAGGAAUGUCUGUAUGAUUACAGACACAACUACAGUCCUAGCCUGGAUGACUGGAUGAACUUUUGGAAGGAUGUAGAUAGUAUUUUUGCACUGCUGAGAAAUUUAAAGAAACUCAACCAAACCAAUAAGCUCGACCCCCUGGCUGAGCUGGGCUCCGGGGUCCUGGAAGAGGCCAGCGGCGCUGGACCCCCUUUCAGAGAGGAAUGGCCCUCUGCGGUCUCUCCGAGCCCCGUCACUACAGGUCCCCAAAGCGUGACUCCCAAAACACUUAAGGAGAGUCUAAAGUCUCUCAAUGAUUUUCCCGAGGGGCACCCAGCCAAACUCAAAGAUCUUCUCAGAGGAGCAACCUGGGUUCAACAGCUGGAAAAUGAGCUGGACAACGACGGUAUGACAUUUAGUGGCAAUGGUGUCACUGAGCUGGAGACCCACCACGACCUCCUGUUGCGCAGCUCUAAAAUCCUUCAAGAUUCGCUGGAUCUCCAAGAUCACCAGCAGCAGGAGGAGGAAGAGGAGGAUAUUUUUCAGGCCCAGGUGUACCUUCCUCUCUCCCCACAGCCGGCCAAACCCACUGAGCAAGCUGGGGUGACCGCUCCACCCCAACCUGACACCCCACAGGAGGGGUGGAAUGAAAGCAUCGAGCCAUUUACCCAUAAGCCCGGGGACCUUCAGGAGGGUAGUGCCUUGGGCCCAACCUUUGAGAAAGGACCGCUGCCAUGCACUGUGAAGCGAAAUAAUAAUAAUUCAGAGACACUAACACCACAGAUCAUGGACUGCUCUUCUGUAUAAAUCAUCUAAUGAAUAAUUUUAUUUUAUACAGGUGUUUCCAUUUAUUAGAAAACAGUGUUAUGUAUUUUGUAAAAAAAUUAUAUAUAUAUAUAAAAAUUUAUAGGUAAAGUAUCGGAUUCAUCUUAAAUGUUGUUGGGUUUGUUUUAAUUGGUUGAGUGGGAAAACACCAUUGAAGUAGGGUUUUAAUAUAUAUAUUUUUUUAUUAAGAAACUGGUUUAAAUGGUGAGACCAUUGCAUUCAGUCUUGAAUUAACUACAUGCAGAGUGUUUCCCAAGGUAUUUGAUGCACUUUUACAUGUUUCUCAACUUCGGUGUAUCUUGCGGUUUCAUUUACAUAAAAACUAUUUUAUAUGGACUUGGCUCCUGGCUUGACCGGAGACAUUUUAGGUCUUUAAAAUAUCACAAUGUUAUUUCUGGUGUAAAAGCUGCAUUUUGUAUUUGUUAUUGACUAUGCAGUUGAUGUUCUCGUUUACUGCUUAUUAGGUUCAGUACACUGUUUACGCUAUAAACACUACUUAAACAAUGCUUUCUAUACACUUUGGAUUGUGGGUUCAAUGGUUAAACUGGUUGGUUUCCUUGCAUCACGUUUGAUAGUUCAGCAGCAUUCGAUCCAUAAAAUGAAAGAAGGGUGUUCACCGUAAGUGCUUUUAUCAUAAGACUUAAGAUGGAAAGACUGCCUUUAACAUUUUACUAAUACUAACCCAGAAGAAUAUCAUUUAUAAAGGAGCUUAUUUAGUUGGGCAUUUGUUCAUAUGAUCCAAAUGAGUUUCAACAUCACUUUGUGCCUGACCAUUUUCACUGUGUGACUUUUCUGAAGUACAGUGGUUGAAAUACAAUGUGACCUGCCAAUUUUACAAACAUUUCAUACUUUUUAACCAAUGGUGUUGGAACAAUUCUGGCUUCUGGAAAGCCACGAAGCGGUUUUGAAAUAAAAAUCUGCCAACUA